AUGAUUGUCAUUAUUGACAGAAUGAAUUUGAAAAUUGCGUGCGUGCUGGAACGGGGCAUUCCAACUGUUGGCUUUUUGGUUCUGUUCGAGGCAUCACUUUUCUCAAUCGAAUUUGCUUUUUGCAGUGGUGUGGCUUCUGUAUCUGUUGCUCCUUCACCUGGUCGAUCACACCCCAUGAGUCAUUCACAACCGUGUCUGAUAGCAAUUUCUGACAAGCCACCUGAUUAUUCUGCUAGUCAUGUUCACCAGUCUGUGACCCAAUUUUCAAAUCGAAUUACUUCCGGGUUUACUUCGUGUGAACAGCAUGAAGGACAAUCGAGCAGCAAUGGCAUUCAAAGGGUUCCAAACAACCAGAAGUUGAUACAAUCGCUUCGAGAGGAAAAUCUGCAUCUGAAAAGGGAGAUUGAGGCAAGCAAGAAAAAGCUUGUAAAACUCCAGCAGAUGGAAGCUGCUUAUGAACGUAUAGAAAAAGAUUAUGAAAAUCUUUUACGAGAGAAGGAGCGACAAGAAGGCGUAGAGAAAUCAGCAUUGGUUCAAAUGGAAAUGCAUCUGAAGAGGGUAAUAUCCGAAAAGGAGGCUCUCCAAGAUCGGCUUGAGCAGUUUUCCCUACCAAAUGCUCAAGCAAUGGAGAAAGUCAAUCAGCUCAAUAUGGUUCUGGCAGAGAUCAUACCACAGAACAAAGAGUUGGCGGCGGUCAAGGAGCGGCAGCGCCUCGAGUUGGAGGCGCAGAACGCCACCCUGGAGGAGCAGCGCACACACAUUUCCAUGCUUGAAAAAGCUCUGAGUAAUGCUCAGGAACGGUUGGCAAAGCGCGAAAAGGUGAUGCUGAUUCGCUGGGCACAUUAG